AGCUGUGCAGCAGCCAGCGGUAUGUCCAGGGUGAUGUACCCGGCCAUUGGGCCGCUUUGAGAGGGGCAGGAGCAGGCAGAGAGGAGACGGGCCUGGAGGAAAGGCCACUUGUUUUUUUAUAAGGACCCAAGAUUGCACCAUGUAGGCAGACUCCUUGACGGUGGGUUGCCAUACUGCUCUCUGGGGGGGACCAUGGAGCCAGAGGGCCGAUCCCCCACCCCAGGGACCAGCUAUGGGCCCCUAGAUUUGCACGCACAAAGCCCUCCACCAACCUCCUUUACCUUUGACGACAACUCUACUCUGCAGCUCUCAUGUUCUCCAGAUAAACAAGAUGGUCCAACUUCUGCCAAAUGUGAGCAGACCGAGGGGGCAGAGACAGGAGGAGGUGCACAGUGGAGAGCCCGGUCCUCUGCCUUCCCCUCCUCACUGAGCUGGGACUCCGACUCAGAGAAGGAGACACUGGAUGAGGAGGAGCUGACCCACCUGUCGAACCCUCAUGGUCUGGCUGCUCACAGCCCUGGGUCACCCUCCACAGGACUCAGACUUGAAUGUGAAGACAGCCAAGAAACAGAGCAAGUGCGGCCUGUGUCCAGCCAAGAGGAGGGGUCGGACAAGAGCACAAGGAGCACAAACACUCAAGAGCCAAAAACUUCUCAGCUCAGUGCAAACCAAUCGGCUGACAGCGCACGCUGGAAUGUAAGCGAGCCAUCUGAGCCGUUUGUCUCCAAAUCCCCACCAAAGGAAGGCUGCCAAUCGGUGCAGGAGGUUCACAAGACAGAGGGCUUCCAAACGCACAUGGGAAAAGAAUUCAAGGAACGGGAGCGAGACGUGUACACCUUCCCCGGAGAUUCUGACCCUGACAGCCCUCCUCCCGCUCCCUGGGCCCGCUGCACGUUCAUUCAGCGCUGCAGGAAGAAGAGAGUGCUGCUAAGACCCUUCUCUGGCAUCAGCCCCGAUCUUGGGAAAAACUCAAAAGACAGCGAGGUGGAAAAGAUGUAUGAUUUUGACGAAGACGAAUUAUUGGAGGAACCUAAAGAACAAGUGGAGGAAAGCACCUCGGAGGUGGACAACCAAAUUUUUACUUGUGUGGAAUGUAGCAUUUACUUCAAGAAGCAGAUCCACCUACAAGAGCACAUGGUGGAGCACUCCCACAGUACUUCAGAAGAAAAGGAGAAGACUGGUGAAAGUAGUGAGUUUAAGUGUACAGAAUGUGGUUGGAACUUAUCAAAUGAAACCGACCUGGAGAGCCACCAAAAGCAGCACCAGGAAUCACGUGACAAAAUCUUAAAGGAGAUUGAGAAAUUGAAUGUAAACGAUUUAAAAAAACAAGACAGCGAGGAGGCCUUAACGGUCCAUUCGCCAGUAAGAAUCUCAAAUACAGAUUGCGCCAUUGUGGAUUUAGAUGCUCCAGAUAUCAGGACCCCAGUUCAAGGGAAAGGACAAACUGGAUACCGACGGCGUUUUAUCUGUCCUGUAUGUAAUUUCAGCACAAGAACGCCACAAGCACUGGCGAAUCACAAAAAAACCCACAACAGAAAACCUACUUCCACUCAAAUUGCUUGUUUAUACUGUGCCUUCCGAACGUCAAGUAAAAAAGUUUUAAGGGAUCACCUGAAACUCACUCACCAAGGGCACGGAGAGAAUGGGCAGAAUCCAAAACAUAUUUUAAAUUCCAAAAUCUCCAUGACUGGUAAAUUCCACAGAGGAGUUGGUGCCUUGGACGACUGCACAUUACCAGAUGGAAUAACUGGGAAUAUGGGGCAAAAUAGUAGACAGAAUAUUUGGACUAAAGUGGCCAGGCUUAAUCCCAGAACAGAGUAUGAUAAACUGUCUGAUAGUGAGGAUGACGUGCAAGUUCAGACAGCAGAGGGUAUUAGUGAACAAGAGGGAAAAUCCAGUCAGCGCACAAGAUCUCUCUCCAACUCGGACGACCCUGUAGCACAGUGCAGCAGCCCACGGGCUCCUCCUCUGAGGAGGAGUAUGAGGCACGAGGACAGGCAAGAGGGACAGCCGGAUGGAAAGGUGUUGUACCUGAGGCGGAGCAGUCGAGUCAGUGCUGCUCCAGUGCUGGUGCCCAGUGAUGAUGAGGAGGGUGAUGAAGAGGGUUCAGGACGGCUGCUGUCAGAUGUCCUCCUGGAUGAAGACGCAGAGGAGAUUGAUGAGGACACAGAGGAGCUAAAGAGCGUGGAGAGGAAGUGCCCUUAUUGCCCUGAUCGAUUUCAUAACGGCAUCGGACUGGCCAAUCAUGUGAGGGGGCACCUGAACCGAGUGGGCGUUAGCUAUAACGUACGCCACUUCAUCUCCCCCGAGGAGGUCAACGCCAUAGAGAGGAGGUUCUCUUAUCAGAAGAAGAAGAAGAAAGUUGCGAACUUUGACCCUGGCACCUUCAGUGUGAUGCACUGCGAGUUCUGUAACGCGGGCUUUGACACACGGGCCGGCCUGUCCAGUCACGCACGUGCCCACCUUAGAGACCUGGGCAUCACCAACUGGGACAUUACCAUCUCCCCCAUCCACGUGCUCAGAGAGGUGUUCUCCAGCCGACCCGACCUGGUCAUCCCCACUGCCCCCCCACGCAGCCUGUGUGACGAGGAAGAGGACGAGGACAGUGAGGAAGAUGAUGACAUUAUUGAGGUGAAGCUGGAGGAAGAGUCAAGGUCUGAGAUAUCAGAAUCAGCUGUGCCCUGGAAAUAUGAGGACCAGAUAAAAGAAUGUAAAGAUGAGGAGGAGGAAGUGGCUGUUGAAGAACGCGAUGCGCUGCAGCUGGCCGCUCUGAGCCUGGUCCGGGAGUCAGACAGGUCGCCCCAGGAGGAUGCCCGCACCAAGGACGAUUAUUUGAAGUGUGAAGUGUGUGGGGCCCAGUUUGAGACCAGACGAGGCCUCUCUAGCCACGCCCGCUCCCACUUACGCCAGCUGGGCAUCCGAACCUCUGAGAGCAGCGGGGCACCCAUCCACUUCCUGUACCAAAUCGCCAAGGAGCGCAAUCUAGACAGCCAAAUACGUCGUCUUCAAGAGCCCACUCCAGCCAAGAACUGUUCUCCCCCCACUCCAUGUGAUCCAAGUGAUGAAGUGAUAGAAGUCAUGGAUGUGGAGAAGACACCUGUCCCUCCCUCCCUCCUUGCCAAAGCAGCCAAAGCAGUGCCACCCUCCACCUCCUGCUCCACCCCCUCCCCUGGUGCCUCUCCUCUCCUGGCACCCUCUCCCUCUUCAGUGGUGAGGAAAGCCCCCAUCUCUUCCCUGCUGCCAGUGUCUUCCCCUCUGCGCUCUCUGGAGCACAAAGCCGGGGGAAUGAAGAGCCUGACCUCCAGCCUGGCCACGCCCCCGGCCACAAAACCCCUGUGGGCCCCGCAGGACAACGAUGCUCCACUCAACCUCACUCUAGAGGCCGACCCCCACAAAGACAUAGUGUGCCAGUUGUGUGGAGCUUGGUUUGAGACAAGAAAAGGCCUGUCCAGUCAUGCCCGGGCCCACCUGCGCCAUUUUGGAGUGGAGUACUCUGAAUCCAAGGGCUCACCAAUAGACCUCCUCACGCAGCUCAUUGACAGUGAUGAGUUCAAGCACAAGGCCAGAGAACUUCAGCUGGACGGUCCUGGGGAGAGACAGGGCCUCAGCAGUGCACUCUCUUCCCCAAAGCCCUCCCUGUUCUCCCUUCCCACAUCUUCUUCCCCUCUGCUCUACAAGGUGACCACCUCCAAAACUACCUCUGCUUCUCCAAUACUUGGCCCACCUGCCAAGCGCCUCAAGCCCUCCUCCAUGCAGAUCUUCCGCCUGAACAGUGGAGAGUUUAUGACCCUUCCUCUCAGUGAACCUCUGAAGGAGAUUGGUUGUGAGUUCUGCGGAGAAUACUUUGAGAACCGCAAAGGUCUAUCCAGUCACGCCCGCUCCCACCUGAGACAGAUGGGCAUCACACAGUGGUCUGUCAACGGCUCACCCAUUGACACUUUGAGGGAGCUCAUUGCCAGACGUGGUCUUCCCUCUGCUUUGCCUCUAAAACCUCAGAGGACCCCAGCUCCGCCCUCUCCAGCCCCUCCUCGUUCACCUCUGUCCAGCUCUUCCUCUCCUCCCAGUGCCCUGCUCACCCGCCUGCCCUUUGCCUUUGCUCGCCGCCACAGUCCACCUCAGAUGGUGCCCAAGCUGAACUCCACUCCUCCUCAGUCCUCUCUGAGUGGACUCCUGAAGCCCAAAGCAGAGCCAGUGCAGCUGGAUGUGACCAGCCCUGGGACAGUGGCUCGGUCUGUGGGAUACUCCUCUGGAAGUCUCAGCCCCACUCUGACCAGUUCUAACAGUGUGCAUCCGCUCAACCUCGCAAUGUCUCAUGAUGUGGAGCCACCUCGGGACAUCCGCUGUGAGUUCUGUGGAGAAUACUUUGAGAACCGUAAAGGUCUGUCCAGUCACGCCCGCUCCCACCUGAGACAGAUGGGCAUCACACAGUGGUCUGUCAAUGGAUCGCCCAUUGACACUUUGAGGGAAGUGAUGCGCAAGAAAGGAGUAACGUCUGCAUCAUCUUUAGAGCCUGAGAUUAAGAAAGAAUCAGGUGUAGAGGCCAGCAGUCCUUCAUUAGAGUGUCUAAGGGGUAUUGUAGGUGUAUCCACUUACCAGUCCUCCAGUCUGCACAAGUCUCCCCUCACUCUGCUCCAGUCAGGGCUCAGAGUUCCUAAAGCAGGGCUCAGCUCUGUGGGCACAUCUGCUGUCCCGUCUGGAGGCAGGUUUUCCGGGCUGUCCCCUUUGGGAAAACGUCCACUGUCAGAGGAUGGACUGUCCAUGGACAUAGCCCACUCACCACUAGGUCACUUCAAGACCUAUUCACCUCUGCCUCAUGACCUAUCCUUCAAGAGCAAGUCCCCUCCGGUCAAGCACAGACCUGAUCCCAGCUGUGAGCUGUGUGGAUUCUACUUUGAGAACCGUAAGGCUUUGGCCAGUCACGCCCGAGCUCACCUCAGACAGUUUGGCGUGACCGAGUGGUCGGUGAAUGGAUCCCCAAUUGAGACGCUCAGUGCUUGGAUCCGCAGUCGGCCUCAGAAGGUGCUGGACAUGCACCGCAGCUACAUGCAGGGCAACUGCUCAGCCCUCAAGAAGAAGUGCAGGUCGCCUGUCUCUCUGGAUUCUCCUCAUGUCCUCCCUGCUUCAUCACCAAAAGCAUCAGCUUCCUCUUCCUCCUCUUCUUCUGCAUCUCAGUGGUCUUCAUCAUUGGCAGUCAGCCUGGUUCCACCCUUAAACCGCGAGGUCGCCCACUGCCCCUCCAAAAACUCUGGGGAUGAAUCCAACACUAACUUGGACACCACACCCCCCAAACCUUUGGACAGCAGCCCCUGUCCCUCACGGCCCUCUGGCAGUCUCCCUCUCCAAGCACAGGUGGCUCGCAGUGAGCUCAACGUCCGCCUGCCCAGAGGGUUUGAGCGUCGCCCCCUAAAGCACCCCUCCUGCUCUGAAGGAGCAGAGCGGGACAGCAGCUCCCCCCGGCCCCCCCGCACAGGCACAGGCACUGUGCCCGCCCUGGUGCCCAAGCCACCUUCUUACCCACUCGUCAAACUGGAGGGCAACUUCUACACCCUGAAGUGCCGGUUCUGUGAAGUGGAGUUCCAUGGGCCUCUGUCUGUGCAGGAGGACUGGAUCCGCCACCUACAGCAGCACAUUUUCAAGAUGAAUUACAAAACUCCCCAUGCUCGAGCUCCUGCAAACACCCGCACAGACACCUCUGUCUCUGUCCCUGUCUCUGUCCCUGUCUCAGCCACUGUUUCAGCCCCCGUCUCAGCCCCCGUCUCCUCAGUACCAGUCUCAGCCCCUGCCUCAGCACCAGUCUCUGCCCCUGCCUCAGCACCAGUCUCUGCCCCUGCCUCAGCACCAGUCUCUGCCCCUGCCUCAGCUCCUGUCUCUGCCCCUGCCUCAGCUCCUGUCUCUGCCCCUGCCUCAGCUCCUGUCUCUGCCCCUGCCUCAGUUCCUGUCAGUUCCUGUUUGCCUUUGAUUGGUCCGGUCAUUCCUCUGUGUCGGCCAAGUAUUGUUGAGGAGAAGAGUUUCCCCUCCGAAGAGCCCUCUGAGCCCCAAGCACCUUUGAAGCAGCUUACGAGACUGUUACUUGGUCCCGUUUCCAUGGGAACCUGGCGCCCUGGCUUAUCCGUGCACCAGGGAUGGCCAUGUGAACUUAAUCUGGGCAUGGGGGAGCGAGGGGCCGGGCCAGUCUCUGGAGCCCACCUCUUUCCAAUCCGUUUUCUUGUACAUGGCUUCAGGCGCUUCGUAUCAACCUCAACUGACUGA